GUACAGUCAUGUAUUACAGUGAGACGUAUCAUUGUUUGUAAAUAAAUUAUUUUAGCGAAUCAUUAUGGUGAACCGGUCACAGGCGCGAAGAGGUUGGCAAAAAGUUAUUGAAAAUAAUAAAACUAUGCUUCCAAAGUUCCAUGCACUAGUUGUGAUUUGAUGUGAGGUGUGGAGAGUACUGCACUGGACGACUACAUCAUGGAUAUCUGCACUCGUUUGCGAAGGUCACCUCUGUUCCGAGCUAUACUGUUGCUAGUUAUCGUUGUCCCAUUGUUGGUGAUGCUGUAUACCGGCGGAGAAAUAUCAUCAGGCAGUCACUAUGAUACUUCCAAGCAUCAUCGCUCACGGUUGUCCUCCGAGAAAAGGUUGGAGGAUAUGCUACAACGCCAUCGUGAUUUCCUUGGUGAAGCAGAUGCUGUGCUUGGUAGCCUGGGAAACCGCUCAUCGAUGUUAUUAUUAGCUGAGAGUGAGAGCAAAAAAACAAUAUAUCGAGCAAGCCAGAAGAGCAGCGGCACAGUAGAGAAAAACCGAAUUGGAAGUAGCGGGAGUGACAAACAUAACAGUAGUCACGCAGAGUGUAUAAACAUUCUAUUCAUUUUGACUGAUAUCCGAGGUCGGCGAGAAAGCUCAGCACAUCUCUUUCUCUCAUCGUUGUUGAAAAGCAGUAAUGCGGCACUAUGCUGUCACGUCAUUGCAGACACUUCUGGAGAAAAAAUUGCGAAUGCAUUCCUUUCACCGCGACAAGCACAAAUACAGACCAUCUUCUACGAUAGUGAAGCUAUAGCCAAGCGGGUGUCAGCAUUUGUGACUGAUCUUCGCUCAAGCUUUUCAUCUGGCCCUGGUAACUAUUUCAACAAUGCAGUGUUCUUCAUCGCCCCAGUAUUACAUGAACUGCUUCCCGCGGGCACUUCAAGCAAUGCUGUCGAGCGUGUCAUCUUUCUGGACACAGAUCUAAAACUACAAGCUGACAUAGCGGAGCUGUAUGAUGAGUUUGAGCAUUUCAAACCUGGUCAGUUGGUAGGUAUGGCUUAUGAAAACCAGCCAGUCUACAAACAUUUGCUAGCUCAAUACACGGCAUUGCAUCCUGACAGUUGGCUGGGUCGCCCAUACCCUAACGGUAUUAUUGGUUAUAAUUCUGGUGUCAUUCUUCAAGACUUGAAAGCAAUACGCCAGAACAAAGAGUACCUUUCAUUGCUGAUUCCCGCCAAGAUCAAACAGCUGUUGGAUAAGUACAUGUUCAAAGGACAUCUUGGCGGUCAAGAUCUCUUCACUCUUAUUAGUCUGGACUACCAAGAGUUCUUCUAUCGUCUACCUUGUCAGUGGAAUCGGCAGCUGUGCCGAUUCUGGCAGAAGGGCUAUGAGGCGAUAUUUGACAAGUAUUAUCAGUGUGAUGUGCCGCUUGUCAAGAUCUACCAUGGAAACUGUCAGACUUCUAUCCCCAAUCAGUGAUGACUUCUAUCCCCAAUCAGUGAUGACUUCUAUCCCCAAUCAGUGAUGACUUCUAUCCCCAAUCAGUGAUGACUUCUAUCCCCAAUCAGUGAUGACUUCUAUCCCCAAUCAGUGAUGACUUCUAUCCCCAAUCAGCCAGCACGGUGAUGACUUCUAUCCCCAAUCAGUGAUGACUUCUAUCCCCAAUCAGCCAGCACGGUGAUGGAUCCUUUUGCUGGCAACCAUGCAUUCGGCCGUCAGCAACAGUCAAGCACAAGCACACUAUCAAGGCAAGGACAUUAUUGUAUCGUAUUGUAUGGAAUAUAAUUUCACCUCAUUGGCUCAACAGGUCAAUGUAUUACAAAAAGGCCAGAAAAUCCGAUUAUAAGGAGAUAAAGAGGAAAAGAAGGAGCAAACCAAAAGUGGAUGAAGUGAGAGAAAAUAACAAUCCGCAAUAAAUUCUGCAAUUACUUUUGCCUAACUCUUAUUCAAACUGAUUGAAACAUUUUUGCAAUACAAUGAUGUAGCCAAUCAAUGGAAAAAACAUUUCCAUCAGUUCUAAUGACAUGCACGAUGAGCUAGGCAAAAAAAGCAUAGCGUAUGGGCCCUGAGCUUCCAAGCUCUCUCGUUCUGAAGAAGUUUAUGAAAAACUCUCACCAAAUUUGAAUUAUUUGGAAAAGUCUAGAGGCCUGGACUUAUGAAACAUCGUGACUUUUGGCGAGUUUCUAUUCGCAAAACUAACUUGCUUGAUGGAAUGAUGGUACACAUCAACAGUCACAUAUUAUGUCGAAGCUCACCUCUAUAGAUGAAAAAUGUGCAUUUCUGGAAGGAGUGCGUGAAGAUCAUCACUUUAAGCUGUACAUCCACCCCCCUGCCUAACUUCGCCUUGUUUGGUACCGUGCAUGGAUUGCAGCUUAGAUGGUAUGCUCUAUUUGUGUCACACACAUGUAUACAUGUAGUUUAUACACAUCAUUACUACACCUGCUGACAUCAGUAAUAAACAUUAUUAUUAUUUGGUGCACAUUGUUGCAUGCUGAUGGGUCGAUGGCGCGCCCAAGGACUUUCAUGGCUGCGACAAGAUAUAACUGGGGUUACCCUUGGAAUCUGAGGCUCUCUCUCUCUCUUGCCUUCCGCCCUUGAGGCUGAAGCUCGUUGUAGCUUUCUCCUCUUGCCGCUUUUUCUUCAACAGAAAACUAGCCCUGUGCUCCCGUUCUUAUUGUGUCUUGACCAUACUAAGUUACCUUCUGAGAAUAUGUGAGCUAUCCUGGACACUUGCGUGAGUGCAUGUGUGUAUAUGCCUGUGUAUGUGUGUGUGUGUGUGUGUGUGUGUGUGUGUGUGUGUGCGUGUGUGCGCCC